UUUUGACAUUGGUAGCGGUUAUUCCCGGUUAAUCCCGAGAUGAUAUACAACCGCGGCAGCCGCACACACAAAAAGACGUUCCGAUUCGCCUCCUUACAGCUAUGGAGAGGCCACCAAAAGCAAGCAACACACUCGACGACCAAGCAUUGUUUCUUGGGGAGGCACCACUGAUGGCACAUUACAAACAGAAGCAACAGGAGCAGCCCAAAUGGAGCUGGCAUUUGAAUUUGGCGGGCUUUGGCUCAACUAUUGGCGCUGCCGUCCCAGUUGGUUACUGCACAGGAGUGAUGAACAGUCCAGCUGUGCACAUGCGAACAUGGUGCAACGAGACAUUGAUUUCGCGUUAUGAUCUCCAUCUGACCCCAUCGAGCAUGGAGCUACUGUGGUCGGCGGCCGUUUCGCUUUUCCUAGUGGGCGGAGCAUUAGGUUCUGUAACAGGUGCUUCGAUGGCCACCAGAUUUGGUCGCCGUGGAUGCUUCUAUAUUUGUGGCAUCCUGUUAGCCAUCGGCUCUAUAUGUUUCUAUGCCUGUCGCAUGCUCAGCUCUGUCGAAUUGCUCCUCCUUGGCCGCUUACUAGUUGGCCUGGCGGGUGGCCUCAUCACAGCGUUCAUGCCCAUGUAUCAUAGUGAGUUGGCGGCUCUGCAGCAGAGGAGUACUCUGGCGCCGCUGUGUCCCAUGGGUUUCACUGUGGGCGUGGUCAUUGCCCAAAUCUGUAGUCUGCAAACGGUGUUUGGUAGUUCGGAGGAUUGGCACAUCGCUCUGUCCUGCUAUGGUCUAUUGGUGAUCAUUUGCUAUGCCCCACUCCAUUACUAUCCAGAGAGUCCUAAAUGGCUGUAUAUUGUGAAAGGACGAAAGGAACAGGCACAGCUCCAAUUGCAAAAGCUGCGUGGCUACUCUGCGGGCAGUCCAGCAUUGCAGGCGGAACUGGAUGACAUGGAGAUGGAGGCCACAUCCAAAGACACGGCCAGUGGUUUCUUGGAAGUCUUGAGAAAUCCUCGACUCCGGCUGCCAUUGAUCAUAACCUGCGCGUUUUUGGGUGGACAACAACUAUCGGGUAUCAAUGCGAUUUUCUACUACUCCGUGUCCAUUUUCCGGAAGGCAGGCUUGUCCACUCAAGCCUCGGAGUGGGCCAAUUUGGGAGCUGGUUGCCUCAAUCUGUUUACCUCCUUACUGGGCCCAGUGCUAAUGGAGCGAGUCAACCGAAGGCCACUGAUGCUCUUCUCCACAUUUUUCUGCACCAUUUUCCUCUUUCUGUUUGCCAUGAUGCUGCAGUUCAUAGAUAGCUUCAGCUGGUUUGCCAUGGGCUGCAUUGCCUGCAUCUUUCUAUACAUAUUCUUCUUCCAAUUCGGCCUGGGCCCCAUGCCCUUUUUCAUAGGAGCCGAACUCUUUGAGGUUGCUCCCCGUCCAGCUGCCAUGGCCAUGGGCAGUGUCGUCUAUUGGAUGUGCAAUCUAAUCAUUGGAAUGGCAUUUCCCACGCUACAAAACGCCUGGGGAGCGUUGGUCUUUCUGCCCUUCUCGAUUACCUGUUUGCUACUGUUUGGAUUGACGAAAUGGUACUUGCCCGAGACCCGUGGCCGCGAUCCAUCCGAUGUGGCUCCGCUGGUAGCAAGUGGCUUUAAAUCAAAAGUUUCAGCAGCAGUCGUAUCCACCCAAUCUUAAUGUCUAAUAAAUAAAUGUCCAAAAGAG